AUGGCAGAUAUUCCACCUCGUGUUAUCAAGAAGCUCAUUAUUUGCACUGCAUUGAUGAUCAUUGCCCCAUUAUUCACCUUCUUCGUGAGCAGGGCAGUGUUCAGCAAUUCCAUCGUGUCAGGAGGCUUGGCUGCCCUAGUGGCCAACAUCGUGUUGAUUGGCUAUGUGAUUGUUGCCUUUAAUGAGGAUAUUGACAAGGAUUCGAAAGAAAAGAAGGAAGAGUGAAACCAUGCAGGGAUGAAUGAUCUGCGAGCAUAAUGUACUAAGUUUUCAUAGCUAAACACAAUGUGUGGAAAAUAAGAAUUAC